CAACUGAGUCGAGAUGUCGACGACAACAGUGCUCCCACCCGACCGUUUCUUUGACCUUGUCAUCAUUGGAGCUGGCCCAGCUUCUCUCUCGCUCGUAGCUCGCAUUCUGGAAGAAAGACCAGCAGCGCUUUACACCGAAGAUGAGCACCGACACCUGCACUGGCUUCGCACAUCGCACCGUCGGUCGCUCAUUCAAACAAGGAGGCCAGGCAAUGGUUCGGAUCGCUACAUAAGCGGCGUCAAGCAAGUCAAGGCAAGCGAGCAAGACGUGUGUGCAUGUGAAGGAAUGAUGAAGAUCCUUGUCGUCGACCGGAUCGGAUCCUGGAUGGGACUCUGGAACAGGCUUUUUAAAGCUUUUGAUAUUCCUUACCUUCGUUCGCCACUUUUCUUCCAUCCGGCUCCGUAUGACCUCGAUGCACUACUGGCAUAUGCUAUAAGGUCUCCCAAUCGCUUAUCUUCUCGCACGCGAAAGUGUCAGCCUGACCUCAUCGAGAUUCCUGGCUGCGUCGGCAAGGAGCUUUCGAAGCACAAGAAGAAAAAGAACAGAUCCAGCGCGGCUGGAGCUGCCGCCGCCGCCAUGGGUCCCGCGGUGAACGAGAGAGAUCGCAAGGACUAUUACGCGGCAAGUACGGAGAUGUUCAGAGCUUUCGUCAGGAACGACAUUGUCGAGCGAUAUGGCCUUCAGGGAUCCUUCGAGUCCUUAGAAACAGCUUUCGAGCCCAGCGUCGACCGAAAGGAGGGGGAAGGCGACGGGAAUGGAGAGGCAGUCAAGAUGAUCAAAACUCAAGUCAGGAGGCUUGAGUGGGGCGAGCUCCAAGUCGAGGGAUGGGAAAAGCUCUCUGGCUUCUGCUUGCAGCUUGGAGACAGCGAUGCCGAAAAUGACAACAAAGUGCACGUCGGUGCAAAGGCUGUUGUGUGCGCUUCGGGAGCCGGUGCCAGUCCCAGCAUUCCGCCCUAUUUGGCCAAUGCGCCGUCCAAUGGGGACAAGCAAGUCCCGAAACCAUUUGGCAAGGGUUGGGCGCACACCUCAGCCCUUGGCCUUCCCCAUUUUAGCUUUCCUCCAUCCGCUCUGCUUGACCAGGAACGAAGAGGUCAGCGUACUUCGCUCGUCAUCAUUGGCGGUGGCUUGACCUCUGCGCAAAUGUGCGAUUUGGCGCUGAAGCGCGGUAUCAGCAAAGUGACGCUUGUUCUCCGAGGCCACCUGAAGGUCAAGCCGUUCGAUGUCGGGCUUGAAUGGAUGGGAAGGUAUUCAAAUUUGCAGAAGAUGCGCUUCUGGCAGGAAGACGACCCGCAAGUUCGUUUGCGAAUGAUCAGAGAAGCAAGAAAUGGCGGCAGCAUCACCCCGCACUACGUCAAGAUCUUGAAGGCCUACGAAGAGCAGGGCAGACUCGAGAUUCUCACUUGUACGAAGAUCGAUCGGGCCGACUUCUUCCCCUCUGAGGGUCCAAAAGAAGACGAAGAAGGCUCCUGGCUUCUCACUCUGACGACCAAUCAUUCGAAGAAGCAACAGCAGAGACAGAAGCAAGAGCAACAACAAGCAAAGGAAAGCCAAUUGACUACUUCGCCGAUUGUGCCUGAGGAGAACAGCGGCUCUCUACCUUCGUCUCUCUCCUCGGCGACGGCAAGAGGCGAUGCCGAUGACAAGUCAUUGUCGUCUUCCCACGGUGUCAAUAAGUCGAAAAAGAAGAGCACGCGGCAUGGCUCAACACCGGUUCCACACGUCACCCCACCACCUCCGGUAUUCUCUUCGGAGGAGCCUGUCGCGGACGAGGGAGAUGCAAUACAUUCGUUGUCAACGACAAUGACGUCGACAAUAGAGACCUCUUACAUUGUCGCUGCAACUGGCUCGGCCCCUUCCUUUGCCUCACUUCCUUUUCUGCAGCCCUUUCUUCAGCAGCAAGCAUCUUACACAGAAAUCGGAGGUCUGCCCCUGCUCGAUGAAGGUCUCCAACUCGAGUCGUCUGAAAGUGACGGCGAGGCAGCAUACCCGCUCUUCUUCGUCGGUGGCUACAGCGCACUUCAGGUCGGCCCUGGCGCAUUCAACCUCGAAGGGAUGCGAGCGGCGGCAGAUCGGGUCGCCAUCAGGCUCGCCGAGCUUGCCAGUGGCGAUCCAAGUGCGACAGCGAUGGCAACGACAGAGACCAAAGGUCUCCAGGACACAGUCAAUUCAUCAAAAGUUGACCAUGCCAUGAUGUACCUUCCCACAAAGCAGGCCCGUUCAAGAUCUCAGAAGAAGCCAGCGUCCUCGGACGAUCGAGAGGAAAACAGCGGCGAGAACGACGGCGCUUCUCGUCACUGUCGGCGCCCAGACGGACUGGCUUCUAGGUCUGCUUUCAGCCACUUCUCCUUUGAGAUGCUCGAGGUAGGCGUCGAAAGUUGAAUCUCCGAUUCCGAAUUAUUCAGCAGAACUCCUCAUUAUGGAUGGAGCAAACGAGGAAAGAUUAUCGUACAUGGCUGUGAAGGAAAGCGCAAAGGAAGCGGAGAGCUCGCCUUUUGUGAAGAUACUAUACAUACUACAUGAGAAUGAAACGAAAUCAGGGCCCUCCCGGAUAAUGUUCAGUAGAACCACCAAAGUCACCACAAGAAAGAGCUUUACAAUCCGCCGCGCGCACAGUUUAUUAGAAAGAGUUGGGGCCACCGUGUGCGUUGCUGUUGAGCAUCAUCACAUUCGGCGUUGCUGCCGAG